AUGACUAUUCAGCAUAUGGGUAGACCUGCAAGAAAGGAAGUAAUCAGGAGACAGGGGGAAGAACUAGAUAUGUUGGUCCAAAAGAUUGAAGGUUCAUCGUCACGGACAGAAGAUGAUGGAAACAGGGUCACACCGCCUGCUACUGGAAUGGGAAGCCUGAGUACUGCGCCAGCAAAGUUGAGUGAAGGCUGUGCAAGUGGGCGAUUGAGAGAUAAACUGGAACCUAGGGUUGCUGAGGUUAACGCCAAGAGGCAAACUCACUUGGUCGGAGAAAUAGUAAAAGCUUGA